AUGCUGGUGAGGUGCUACCCUGACGUCUUCCUUGACGUUGGAGCUGGUGUUGGCAGCGUGCUUGCACAGGUAGCACUUACAACGAAAGUCAGAACGUGCAUCGGGAUCGAGGUGCGAAGGGACCUCGUCUCCCUUGGACGGCGUUGCAUGCAGCAGCUACGCAAGCAGUACCCACGGCUCAGUAAGGUGCUGCUCAAGCAAGUCGAUGUAAGAGAUGUUUCGAUGUCACGGCAUUCUCCCAGUUGCGAAGCCACCAUUGUCUUUGCUAACAUCUUUCUAUUUGAAGAAGAUGCUAAGCUGAUUGUUUCACGAGAGCUAAGCGCAAUGCCAGAGGCACGGGUGAUAGUUUCAACGUCGCUCUUCUGCCCUAGACAUCGAUCAUCGUGCUCGGAGCCGUACUGCAAGAGUUGGAAACUGGAUCAUCAACUAGAAGUACAAUGUAGCUGGAAGGCUACACCUCAUCCCAUUUACAUAUACCGUAAGAAACUUUGA